UCCCGUCAAAAUCACAGACACCAAAACAAAUAAAAUCGACCGCGACCGGCCAAACCAAAAGUUUUGUUGUUUCUAGAUAAUAUUCUUUGUGUUGCUGUUAAUUUUGUUCUGAUAAUUAGCUAUGUAUAUUUGAUCGAUAACAGUGUCUGUACAGCACAAUAAUAAAUGAUGAGGUCUUAAUACCAGUGUGCCAAGGUGUCCUAUGUUAUAAAAAUAUUAAUUUGUGAUUCUCCCAUAAAUCAUGAUGUCCACAGAUAUAUUACAAGUAAAAUGUCAUUCUUGCGGAGAAACCGCUCAGGAGCCGUACGUGGAGUGUUGCGAAUGUGACGCAAACCUUUGCACGUCGUGUUUUUCCACCGGACAAGAGGUGAAAACACAUAAAAAUGACCACAAGUAUGCUAUAAGGAGGAAUGACUUCCCUCUUUUCGACAACUGUAACUGGACGGCUAAAGAAGAGUGUAAAUUGCUCUCUGCUAUGUCUAUUUAUGGGUAUGGAAACUGGGAAGAAAUAUCCAAAAUGGUACACUCAAGGUCAAAGCUAGAAUGUCAGGAGCACUACAAGAAAUAUUACAUUGACAAUGUUCAGUGCAAGGAGCUGGAUAUACUACCGCACACGGAUCAGUCUAUGUUCCCGAAGCCUGUGAUUCCAUACUUGUACAGCAUGGAGGUCAGUAAGGAUCCCCCGAGAAACAACCAUUCAGACCAACACCUGGCUGGCUACAACGCAUACAGAUCCGAGUUCGAACUGAGCUAUGACAACCAUGCUGAAGCCAUCUUCAACAUUGAGAAUGACUACUCAGAUGAUGAUGAUGAAGAUGACGAGAUCUUAAUGGAUGAAUUAAAAGUUUCUCUUAUAAAUUCUCUUAACACAAGGCUUAGGGAAAGGAAAAGAAGGUACAAAAUUAUACAAAACCAUGGUCUAAUAAUGCCUAAUAAGCUCAUUUCUUGGGUGCAGAAGUUUGACAAGACCCUAACACGGCAGAAGUCUGAAAGACUGUAUCCCUUUAUGCAGUUCAUGACGGGCAUGCAGUUUGAUGCCUUUAUGGAAUCUUUGAGCUUGGAAGAAGAGCUAAUGCAAAGGUUACUCAGACUGAUGGAAUACCGCAAAAUGGGUAUAAAGACUUUGUAUGGAGCUAAAUUGUACAGAAGUAUGAAGCAGGAACAUGACCUGGUUAUGAAGGAACAGAGGAAUGCCACUCAAGCCAUGUCACAGAAGUUUGAAUCACAAUCACCAUCUAAGAGCAGAGUAUUCUUCACAAAAGAUGGUCAAAUGAAAAAACACAGAAAGACUGUUAUGCCUCUAGAAAUAGUUGAUCUACCUAGCUUCCAUCUGCUAAAUGAUAAUGAAAAAGUACUGUGCUCUAACUUAAGGCUCUUUCCAAAGAAUUACUUGGACAUAAAAGAACAACUGAUAGCUGAAAAUAAUAAGCUUGGAUCACUGAGAUUACUUGAUGCAAGAAAAAUUGUGAAAAUAGAUGUAAAUAAAACUAGGAAGAUUUAUGAUUUCCUUGCAUUAGAAGGGCUUAUUAAGGCCUUUAAUCCUGUUAAUUGUAUUAAAUAAACUAUUUUAAGGUUAAA